AUGAUAUUACCCUAUAAGGUAUGCAUCCCUAUCACCAAUCUACUGCCCUAUAUACUCAUUACUAAUAUAUAUAACAUAAAAUGUUAUAUAAUUCACUGGUUAUUGUUUGUAACUAGAAUGACAGAAUCUUCAUCUUACUCCUCCCUGCUCGACAGCGACGAAUCAGUCACAAUAACAUCGUGUAGUGAUGAUCCAAAUGAAGAAUCCAUCAGAAACUUUUUUCCUGCCACUAGAAAAGGAUUUAAACAGGUUGCAGGUAAAAUUAAGCGGGUUACCAAAAAGGAUUUUGAAGAUAAACACAGAUUGCGCCAUUUGGAAUGUUUUAAGAAGUCAAUGGACUCUUGGCGCGGGUUUGAUACUAAAUUUGAUGACUACAAAAACGGAGAUGAUCAGGAAUUAUGGCCAAUAUUUAGUUCUGUGAAGAAUUCAAACCAAAAUCCAAAGGAAACGACCUAUAUUUCAUAUGAGACAGAAUUUAUAAUCAAGAAUUUAAACGGUAUUAAUGACAAAUAUAGUAAUAGUAAUUCAAUCGACUACUACUAUAAACUAAACAAAUUUAUGUACGAUUUACUUGAACAAUUUGUAUCUCAUUCACAAGUUUUACCCGAUGAAUUGAUUAAGAUAGUAGCAACACUGCGUAAAAAAUAUUCAAUUUCCCCGUCAAAACACGACUUAUUGCAAGUGUUUGAUAAGGUUUCAAAUAAUCCACCCUUUUCUAAUGAUGAAAAAUAUCUAUCCUCUAUAUCCAAUUUGAGACUAAUGCUAAGAAAUAAGUCUGUACGUUCAGACAGCGGGGUAACAGUUAUCACUGUAAUCACAUCUCCAGGAGAAUUCAGCUGCCCCGCUGAUUGCCAUUACUGUCCUAAUGAACCUGGUCAACCACGCUCAUAUUUGUCAACUGAACCUGCCAUUUUGCGUGCUAAUCAGAAUGAUUUUGAUGCCAUACUACAAUUUUACGAUCGUGCAAUGACACUAUAUAAAAAUGGUCAUAUGAUAGAUAAGAUAGAAAUACUAAUUCUUGGGGGCACAUGGAGUGGAUAUCCUCGUAAAUACCAAGAGUCGUUUGUGCGAGACUUGUUUUACGCAGCAAACAUAUUCCCUGAGAAAUUGGAUGGCGCUAGAAAACCUUUAACAAUUAGUGAGGAACAUGAAAUAAACAUGACAUCAGAACAUAGGAUUAUAGGCGUUACAAUAGAGACUAGACCUGACCGGGUAAAUCCAUUUGAACUGUACUUUUUACGCAAUCUUGGAUGCACUAGGGUACAAAUUGGAAUACAACACACAGAUAAUAAGAUACUUGAAAAGGUAAACCGUGGACAUGGAGUGGAAGAGGCAAUUAAGGCAAUUUACCUGUUGAAAGAGAAUGGUUUCAAAGUUGAUAUACACUUGAUGCCAGACCUCCCCUAUACCACUGUUGAGAAAGAUGAAGAGAUGUUUAAACGGGUACUGAGUGAUGUAAGUUUGCAAGUAGAUCAGUGGAAGAUUUAUCCGUGUGAAAUAACGCCCUUUACUGAAAUUGAAAAAUGGUACAAAGACAAAUUAUACACCCCUUACUUCGAAACAGAUCCGCAAUUAUUAAUGCAACUAUUGCAGCGUGUAAAAAUGGCAGUACAUCCCUGGAUAAGGUUAAAUCGAGUGAUAAGGGAUAUACCCAAUCCUAGCAUAAUUGCUGGAACCAACAUAACCAACAUGAGACAAGUCCUAUUAAAUCAAAUGAAGAAUAAGGGUCUAAAAUGUAAGUGCAUCCGGUGUAGAGAAUGUAAAGACUCGGGCUUUAAAGACAGUCCCAGAAUUGUUAUUAGGCAAUACAAGUCCUUAGGUGGGUUGGAGUAUUUCAUCAGUAUUGAGUCAGCAAAUAUGGAUAAGAUUUUUGGGUUUUUAAGACUAAGAAUACGGGACUGCUCUGUUUAUAACAGACAAAUUUCACAUUUUAAAUGCUUGCAAAAUUGUGCUUUAGUUCGUGAGCUGCACGUAUAUGGUUCACUAGUACCCCACGGAAAACGAGCGGAAAAUGUGCAACAAUCGCAGCAUCGCGGUGUAGGUCAUCUACUAUUGCUACUUGCUGAAAUUAUUGCAAUGUUUAGGGGUUAUCGCAAGAUGGCAAUUAUUGCUGGGGUUGGCACAAGGGAGUAUUAUGGCAAACACGGCUAUAAACUAGAAGAAACCUAUAUGAUUAAGAUCCUCAAUCCCAUGGAAAUUAAACAGAAGUUCGACACAUUCAUGAAUACUUAUAUUAAGAUUCCGAAUAUACUAGAUAUAUAUGUUGUGGAUCUAAAUGUUUCCAAGCGUAUCGUCUCAAUGAAAAUACCGGAUAAGACUAAUAAUAUCGUGCUACCCCGGGAUUACAUAGUGUUACAAUUGGAUUUGGAGAGGUUUUUCUGUUCUUUGUCGAUGAAUUAUUACAACAUGGACUACAAACACAUGCUGUAUAGGAAGGUUGAUAUAUAUGUUCUGGAUUUUUUAAGUUACACAGCCAAUUGUGUAAAAUGGUUGCUUUUGUAUGUUAAAAUGAUAAUAUGGUAUAAACUAGAUUUUAUUGUACAAAUAGAAUAUAAUAAUCCUUUAUUUAAAAUUGCAGACGUAUUUGUCAAGAAAGUGGAUUCCGUUGUCUAUUCACUAUUCAAUUUUUUAAAGAAUUUAUACAUAAACAUUCUUAACAAAUGA